AUGUCUGGCUCUCUCACCACUCUACUUGCUGAGCUUUUUGCUGAGGUGGCUUCCCUCAAGGCCCAACUGGCUGCUUCUCAGAACACCUUGCCCACCCUGGUGAAGGAUUCAGCUGCACCAGUGAACAACUUGACCGACCCGGCAAACAACUUGACCAACCCAGCAAACUUGACCAACCCAGCAAACUUGACUGACCCAGCAAACUUGACCAACCCAGCAAGCUUGACCGACCCAGCAAACUCGACCGACCCAGCAAACCCGACCGACCCAGUGAAUCCGACUGACCCAGUGAAUGACUUGACUGCCACAACUGGCCCUAUGACCUUAAACCUGCCCACCUCUGACCACUCCCCUGCUCUAUCCUUACCUGCCAUCUCCACCACCCUCACUGAACUGGUGGUUCCUUCAGAUGUUGCCUCCUCAACUGGGCUACAGAAGCCUGUGACACUCAUCAUCCAGACUAACCUGGCUGCCCCUUCCAUCGAUAACCCGACCUCCCUCACAGUUCCUGCCAUCACCAGGGAGGCUGCCACCAUGUCCAAUGUGGGGUCUGCACCAAUCAGCCCUGCCAGAGAUGAACCACCUGCCUCAAUCACCUCCCCUGCUCUUGCAUCCUGGUCAAGUUUGGAGGAAAAGGAUGAUGGUGAGGAGGAGGUUGAGGAUGAGGAAAAAGCUUCAAGUUUGUUUUCAAUUCUGGGUUCGGAAGGGGAGUCAGAUUCAGAUGAGGUUGAAGAUGGGGAUGAAGAUCAGGAUGAGGAUGUCCUCAUGGCAGCUUCUCCUGUAAUCAUGACAGAGUCCUACAAGCGCAAGAGGGUGGAGUCUGUGGCUGCAAUCCAUCCAGUCAUUUCAACCAAGAGCCCAGUUGUUUCUCCCAUCUGCCCCAUCAUUUCGACCAACCGCUCAGUCAUCCAAACCAAGGCCCCAGCUGUAGCCACCCCAGUAAAGUGCCCAACUAAUAAGCACCAGUCUAAACCAGUGGGCAAAAUCAAUCGGGAGGUCUUGGUGCUUUACAAGGGGAAACAGAGGUGUGAACGCUGUCAGGAGAAGGGUAUUGAAGUGUGUCCAGUUUAUGAGGGGGCAGCAACAGUGCUCCAGAUGUGGGCCAAUGCAAUCCUUCAGGGAAGAAGGACCCUCGAUCGCCCACCCUACACCGCCUGCAUUGAGUGCUCCAAGAAGAGUACAGGUUGCAGCCACCCCAUCACCUGGGGCAUCUUGGGGCGGUACUUCUCAAAGCCAAGAUUCAUGGAGGAUGGUCGUGAUGUAGAUUGCCUUCCCUACCUAACAUCUGAGAGAGAUCAAGCCUCCAACCAUGGGGGCAGGCAGUUGGAGUGGUCAGAGCAGUUGGCUGCUAAGUCUGACUUGCAAGAUGUUGAGCCACCCUCCAAACGGGUCAAGAAGUCCCAUGAGCAGCCUGUGGCUUCAUCCUCCAGAGCCAGGAUGAUCCAACCUGGUCCAGCAAUUGACCAGGAUACCUUACACCAAGCCCAGGCUCUGGCUGGAUACUCUGGGCUCACCUCAGAGUUCAUUGAGCAACAGAAGGACCUCCUCCUGCAGUUCAACAACCACUCUGACUCGGAUGCCUGCCUCUCCAAAGACCUUCUUGCAGGCCAGAACUUGCUCAUUGCUGGGGUUAACACCCUCAUCACUGGUCAGACUGAAGUCAUCAGCCUACUCAAGCAGAUUGUCAAGCAGAAUGAAGAUAGGGGGCCACCUUUAUCACACAAGGCCAAAGGGAAGCGUCAGGCAGUUGUCUCAUCUGAUGAACUUGAAUCUGCAGGUUCUCUGCAUCUGUAA